AUGGAGAAUGUAAAAGAAAAUGACAUAAGUGAAUCUUUUGAGGCUCGAAUGAACAGAAUGGAACAGAUGCUUGUGGCCUUGACUGAAUCAAUGACGCAGCAACUAAGACAACAACCUUUGCCUCUUCCACCUCCGCCGAUGUUAGCCGAACCAAACAAUAAUGACAUUAUCAAUUUGACUCAGAAAUUUAUGAAAAUGAAACCGUCGACCUUCUUGGGUGGUAUUGAACCAUUGAAGGUAGAAACCUGGUUGCUAGAAAUAGAAAAGUUAUUUGAAGUAUUCCCUUGCUCUGUAACUCAGAAAGUCUUUUUGGCUACUUACACCCUAAAGGAUGAAGCCCGGAGAUGGUGGCGGUUGGUUCGAAAUAACAAUGGGGACAUGACAUGGGUACAAUUCAAUAAGAUAUUCUACAACAAGUACUUUCCCCAAUGCUUCAGGGACCAAAAAGUUUCUGAAUUCCAAGAACUCAAACAAGGAAGAAUGUUUGUGGCUGAAUAUAAAGCUAAGUUUACUAAAUUAGCUCGUUUUGCCCCACACAUGGUGGACACCGAUUAUAAUAAAGUGCGAAAGUUCGAGGAAGGACUGGACCUGGGAGUAUUUGAUCGAGUAGGUGUCUUGAAAUUGCCUACUUAUGUAGAAGUGCUCAACAAGGCAUUGAUGGCAAAGGCCAUAAUAGCAGCUAAGAAACAAACUGCAACUCCAACAAUUGAAUGA